ACUCAGGUUGGCAGCACCGUGGUGUAAAAAGUCUGCGAACUGAGAGAUUCUCUUAGUCUCGGGGGCUGAUGUCUGUUUAACCAGACUGCCCCUUCGAAUUCUAGAAUAGCAGGAAAUACUUGAAUAUCUACGGUUAAACAUCGACUGAUAUUCAGGAAAGAAAUCGAGGGAGAAGAAGUAGCGAACACAGUUUGGCUCAUAUGUGCGUGUGCUCGGUUUUGCGAUGUCUGGAUCUUACUGCAAAAGUUUAUACGCCUUCAGUGGAGAUCAACACCAACAGGGAUUGAGGUUCGAAGCUGGGGAAAUAAUUAAAGUAAUACAAGCAUCGGCUGGCGGUUGGUGGGAAGGAGAGAAGGAUGGAAAACGAGGAUGGUUUCCUGCAAGUUACGUUCAGGUUUUAGAGAGACAGGCAUCCUCAAGCCCCCUGCCAGGUGAUGAGCUGGGCAGAAACCCUCUCCCGCCAGGCUGGAAGAGCUACAUGUCACCCCAGGGGCGUAGGUACUACGUCAACACUGCAAACAACGAAACAACAUGGGAACGGCCAUCCAGUGCUCCUGGGACACCAAAGACCCCACUGAGGCAAAAGAACUCCACGCCCACAGUGAAUGGAUUCCACAGCUCUGGAAGCCCCCCGCACCAUCUGGACCUGUCCCACGUGCGGAAGGCCAGCACUGACCAACAGGAAUCUCUGGAAAUCCAGCCGUCCAGCAGCGGUUUCCCUCUGAUGAGCCCUGGCUCCACUUCACCCACCAGGAAACAGAACAAGGAGACCACAAUUACCAUCAACUGCGUCACAUUCCCCUUGCCCAUGAACAUGCCUGAACAGCAGCUGUUGAAACCCAAUGAGUGGAGCUACUGUGAUUAUUUCUGGGCAGACAAAAAGGACCCCCAGGGAAAUGCCUCUGUGCCUGGCUUUGAGGUCUUGCUUCAGAAACAGCUGAAGGGUAAACAAAUGCAGAAAGAAAUGGCAGAGUUCAUCCGAGAAAGAAUAAAAAUUGAAGAGGAAUAUGCAAAGAAUCUUUCAAAGCUCUCACAGAUCCCCUUGGCUGCACAAGAAGAAGGCACACUGGGGGAGGCCUGGGCCCAGCUGAAGAAAAGCCUGGCUGAUGAGGCUGAGGUCCACCUGAAAUUCUCAUCUAAGCUCCAAAGUGAGGUAGAGAAACCCCUCCUAACAUUUCGGGACAAUUUUAAAAAGGACAUGAAGAAGUUUGAUCACCAUAUCACUGACCUCAGGAAACAGCUGGCUAGUCGAUAUGCAGCAGUGGAGAAGGCACGCAAAGCCCUAGCAGACAGGCAGAAAGACCUGGAGAUAAAAACUCAGCAGCUGGAGAUCAAACUCAGCAACAAGACAGAGGAGGACAUAAAGAAGGCCCGACGGAAAUCCACACAAGCAGGGGAUGACCUAAUGCGUUGUGUUGAUCUUUACAAUCAGUCCCAGUCCAAAUGGUUUGAAGAGAUGGUGACUUCAAGUCUGGAACUGGAGAGGUUGGAAGUAGAACGUGUGGAGAUGAUCCGACAGCACCUGUGCCAGUACACAACGCUACGGCAUGAAACUGACAUGUUCAACCAAAGUACAGUGGAGCCAGUGGACCAGCUGCUUCAGAAUGUGGACCCAGCCAAAGACAGAGAGCUGUGGGUGAAAGAACACAAGACUGGGGAAAUUCGGCCUGUGGACAUGGAGAUCUAAAGGGGAUAACACCUGGAGCCACACUCCCCCUCCUAGGGCUGCCCUCACCAAGAGGCAGUGGGGUACAGCUUAACGUCAGGAGCCCCUGAUCCCUCAUCUCACAGGAACAUUCCAGACUCAGAGCGUGAGACUGUUAACAUCAACACUCCCAAGUACUGGCCAGCUUCAUCUGUGCAGCACAGCUGGGAUAAUGUCACCUUAACAGGACUGAAAAAAACACAAAUGCAUUUUCAAAAUAUGUCAGGUAAAUUAAACAAUUAACUAUAAGACUACAAAUAAGCAGAUGCUCAAAGAACAGGGGGUGCAAGGCAGUAGUCAAGAGCUUAUUAGUGACAGAUUGGAAAGUUAGACAUUUCAAAUAUGCUUUUGUAUUAUUUACACAUUACUGGACUUACAUUAAGACUUUUCACUCAUGGCCACAAUUAAUUAAUACCUCAUUUGGGCCUGGAUCACACAAUAAGAAAGGGUCAGUUGGAAUAAAAGACAGUUGUCUUUUAUUUUGAGUGGAGUCUUUUACGUAAUCAGAUAUUGGUAUGGAGGGAUGAAGGGAACUGAAGGAAGACUAAUUUUUUUUGAUUCUUUGUGUUUUAAAUGAAGGUGUGAUCUAAAAUUUUGUUCCAUUGCUGAAACAGAGCACAUCACAGCACAGCACAACAGCACAGCAGAAAUUACUCACAGACACAACUUCCCUUAAUAAUAACCUAUUUGAUCCUAUUCAGCUGGGAUAUGGGAUAUACAUGUGACUAUUAUUAUCCCAGUAAGCUCUUUCUGAUUUGAUACCUAUUGACCCUCUCACAUUUAAUGUCUUAUAUGUUCUUAAUAUCUUGCUGAAACCUCUUCAUCAGAGUCAUCCUUAAUAAGCCCUUAGUUGAUGUCUUAUGUGUUUACCCAGGGUAUAGCUGUGGCCACAUUUCAUUGAACUUUUCUUGACAAAAAUAAGAUUGCUUGCAGAUGCACAAAAGAUUUAAAUUGGUUCUAAUAACUUGGUUUACAAUGUUACAAUGUCAGCCAUAGGGGAAUAUUUAAUAUUUCAGUUU